GUGACUAGUAAGAGAAGUCGUACAGCUGUGCCGGAGAGCCAGCGGUUGAGAGCUGCCCAAAAGAACCAGGGCAAAAAUACACGGGUGUCCUUGCAGACAGAGCUGCUUUCAAGAGGGGCUCCAUCGCCCAGGCUUUCCUUCCCAUAAGGCUCCCACGUGUGGGGGGUGAUGGCUAGCUUGCAGGAGUGGGAGGGAGGGGUAGGAGAGCUACAGCUGGAGAAGGCUCCACGGAAAGACUGUGAAAACACAGAAAGCGGGGAAAUGAAGAGGGACACGUCACUCAUUGCAAGCUGAAAUGCAGAGGGGGUGGUGAGGAGAAGAGGAGCAGGGAGACAGAGAUUUGGAAACCUCGUCACAGAAGGACUGGCCUCAAGAGCACAGUAUUUUCCAGUGCAACUCUGCAACGGAUCUGAAGACAUACUUGCAGCAGACUUGGGAUCUGGUUCCUAUUACAGAUGACCCUGAAGACUUUUUCUGCUAGAAACCUUGUUAGUGAAUAUCCAUUUGCCUUCUACAAUUCCAUCUAAGAGCGGAAAGAUUGCUCAAUUUCUGUAGCAGGGGGAAGUCAAGAUCCUAUGAACAGCCAUCAUGGUGACUCUUUUCCUCUUCUUCAUCCUCUUGCCCUGCAGUAAAUCCCAGGAGGACUUUCUUGACCAGCAUCAGAAAUGGGACUACAGAGAAGGCGCUGACAAGGUCAACAUAGAAGGCAUUAACAGCAUUACUCAAACACUUGAGAAAUGGGGAAAUGGCAUCUUCUGGCAAAUGAAGCACACCCUGCUGAACAACCCAAACGCUUUACUACCUGAGUUCUCCAGUCUCCGCCCUGUCUCUGCAGCUGUGGACAAUCUUGUGAGGGAAGUCCAGUCGAUGAGGAAAAGGUUAGAAGAACUGAAUGAACGCCUCGAUGUCAUUAGCAAAAUCAUCCUUCCCAUCCGACUGAACUCUCUGCAGAGCCAGAGGCGUGGAAAUACUCAGCUGCGGAGACUUCCGAGUAAUAGAAGAAGGUUGUAUGCACGCAGGCGACCUCAGAGGAGUUAAUUUUCUACUGGAAAAAAAGGGAAAUCUUUAUUUUUUUCAUCUGCUUAAGCCUUUCUCAAAGGGAUGCUGCUAGAGAGAAUAAAGUAAAGGACAUACAAGUCAGCUUUAGUGAGACCAGAACUUCUGCAUACUGUUGAUGCCUUUCAAACCUAGGUCAGUAGGUAAAAUCUGACCCUGUUCUUCAGUGAUGGCUGUUUUGUGUCCCAAGCAAAAUGAGUUGGCAAGCUCAGUCUACUUGAGUGUGAAUACCUUUAGGCUAUACAGUCAUUCUUUCUGCUUACCAGAGGAAGCUCUUUCUAUAAAGAUCAGGUGAAUUUCUCUCUCUGUCCUAUUUUCACAGCACUCCAUCUGAAACAGCUGGGGAAUUUGAUCUUCAAAAGUGCUGAAUGCCUGAUGAAUGCAGACAAAUAGAUUAGUGCCUGGCUUUUACAGCUGGGCAAGGAGGGAGAGAGGAAGCUAUGUUUCAAAAUACAGCCUUCACCUAUUCUCCAUCAGUGCAAAGAAUGCCCUGUUCACAUGUUCAGAGGGUGGGUCGGAUUGGAUCACCUUGGUCUGUGCAUCAUGUUUCAAGACUGAAGAUGUGUCAGGUUAUAGGGACCAAAUUUGAACAUCCACUUUCUGCAAAAAGCUUUUUUUUUAGCUACCUGGAGCUGGGCACUCAGAACCUUGUUAUUCAGCAGAUAUGUUCAGAACUUCUAGCACUCUGAAAGACAUGGCAGUGACUUCUGCCAAGAACCUUGGAAACAAGGGUAUGUUUUUUUAAAACUAUUUAGAUACCUAAUGGCAUAGAUAGUUGUCUAGAAGGAUUUUCCAAAAUAGCUUAAGAGACAGUUCAGUCCCCCAAAUCACAGAUAGUAAUUCAAUUGGUAUCUAAUUUGCAGAGUAUCUCCCCCAUAUGGAAGUGCUGACGUCCAGACAUUUCCCAACAUCCUUUAGCACAAUUAAGAUCUGUAGAAAAAGAACAAUUACGUACCCCAAGGGCUUUGGUUCUUUAGGGAGUACCCAGAAAACCCUGCCUUCAGCUUGUCUUUCCCUGUAGCUUCCUGACAAUAAAACUGGUGAUAAAAAACAGUUCAGAAAUCAAAUUAUGCACUGAACAGUGUAGAGUGGACUUGCCCUUCAGGUAUCUAAAGGUAAAUCCAAAACAGAAAUUCCCAGUGUUGAUCCAGUGUUGCAGCCAACUGUGUACCUGAAAUCUGUUGAAACAUAGGCAGGAGAGUCAGAGAGGAAAAUAAACUAUUAUUUUAAAUCUCUUGAUGAAGCAAUUUAUGAGAACAAAAAUAAAGAAUGGAUUGUGUCUAAAUGGUUGCGGGGAA